CAGCGAAGUUGCGCACUGACCACAGGCACUGCAAAGCAGAGUCAGAAAUGCCAGCAAAAAAAAUCUGUCAGUUGGUUUAAGGAGAGAGGAUGUGUUGAUGUAUUUUCCUCCUCUCUCUUUCCUCCCAACCACCAUCAUCUCAGUCAUCUUCAAGCUCGAAUCUCAAAUUCUAACCUACAAACACCACAAUCAAUCAAAUGGCUCGUACUAAGCAAACCGCCCGUAAGUCGACAGGAGGCAAGGCUCCUCGCAAACAACUCGCUACCAAGCAGACCAGGAAGAGUGUUGCGGCCGCCGCUACUGGAGGUGUGAAGAAGCCUCAUCGCUUCAGACCUGGCACAGUCGCCCUCCGUGAAAUCAGGAGGUACCAGAAGUCCACUGAGCUGCUCAUCCGCAAGCUCCCCUUCCAGAGGCUCGUGCGCGAGAUCGCCCAAGACUUCAAGACCGACCUUCGCUUCCAGUCGUCCGCUGUCCUUGCCCUGCAAGAGGCUAGCGAGGCUUAUCUGGUAUCUCUCUUUGAGGACACCAAUCUGGCUGCCAUUCACGCCAAGAGGGUCACCAUUCAGCCCAAGGAUCUCGCUCUCGCUCGCCGUCUCCGGGGCGAACGUUCCUAAUCUACCAAUCACUCGACUGAGUGUUAAUUUUGAUUCAUGCGCGUUUCGAGGAAUUUAUUGUGCCUGUAUUCACCGCUCUUGUCUCGUUUAAAUAUACUUGUAUUAAGCUUAAGAUCUACAUGUACUAUAUGUCUCAUUCCUUGUGAACGUAUCUUGGGACUCGAAACCAGCUCUUACUACUACUCUCACGAAACAAUCAUUCUAUAAAUUUGUUGCCUUAUCUCAAA